AGAGUUCGUUUCCUGGACCGGUUCAUCGCGGAGGGAUUUGUAUUUUUUGUACAGUGUGUCGAAUCCUAGUCGUUUCUCCUCGGCUGCGUUCCGGUAUCCCGUACAUUUCUGUGCACUCUCCCUCCACAAGCCUCCCAGCCUGCUCCACGAUACGACAGAAGGCGGCGGGUUUGUUCCUCGUGGAUUCGAGCAGGGAAUACGAUGAGAUUGCCGGCUUCGACUCCGUGAGUAGAAGCGCAGGAAUUAGUGUAAGCAAGGGGACAAGUUGUUUUCGAACCUCCUGAAAUUCGAGCUGGCGUUUCAUCGCCGACCUCCGUAUAUAUCCACGGUUGUAUGGGGUGCCUCACUUCCACUCCUAACCGUCGAGACAGGCUUUUUUCUUGGUGUUCGCCUGCGCCUGUCGAAUUUCUUUCCGCAGCGAAGUUCGUAGCGAAGCUCGACGAAGAGCAGCACGCAGGAGCACAAAGCCGUCAAAACUGCGUAGCGCCACUUACUGUAUUCCCGACGAGUGUCUAGCUGUAGGGCACGUGGGUUCUUCCCCUUCAAGAGGAUGCUGAUCAUCGCAUAGCAGAUCCGUCGCGGAUAACACGAGGCUCAUCGUGAGCAUUCUCGGUAGAAACGAAGCGUGGAGGUCGUGGAAACAUCUGGGUUAUCCAGAAAGGUACGAGGUGCCAAGCGUCCCUCCAUAUCGUCGGGUUUCUUCGUGGGCGAGUUUCCGCGGCGUACGGCACCAGAAGGACGCGUUCACCUGCGUGGGAGAGGCAGCGACUUCGUGUAGGAUUUUUGUACCGUUCUCGUAGUCAAGAUGGCGAUGAAUGCCUUUCGUUUCGCUGGUGAUAUGCUUCACCUUCUUUCGAUCGUCUUGCUGCUUCUCAAGCUGCGACGAUCGAAAAACUGCGUCGGGAUCUCAUGCCGCAUGCAGGAGAUGUAUCUGCUAGUUUUCUGCAGUCGCUAUGUGGAUCUUCUGUACCACUUCAUAUCUGUUUAUAACACUGCAAUGAAAUUGUUCUUCAUCGCGUCAACAGCGUACACAGUCUACCUGAUUCGGUUCAAGCCGCCCAUCUCCCAAACCUAUGACAGACGCGCAGAUUCUUUUCCUUAUGAAAAGUAUCUGAUCCCUCCGUGCAUUCUACUGUCGUUGGUUACGGCAGAGGACUGGUCCGUUUCAGAGAUUCUGUGGGCCUUCAGCAUUUGGCUUGAGUGCGUUGCUAUUCUGCCCCAGCUAAUUCUUCUUCAGCAACUGCGAGAGGUGGAGAAUUUGACCGGCAACUACGUGGCGGCGUUGGGAGCUUACAGAUUCCUGUAUAUCCUGAACUGGGUGUACCGCUACUUUGCAGAGUCUCCCCCGUAUGUGAACUAUGUGGGCUGGAUCGCAGGAGUCAUUCAGACAGCUCUGUAUGUGGACUUCUUUUACUACUACGCCUUGUCCAAGUGGUACGGACAGAAACUUGUGUUGCCCGUCCACGCAGAAGUGUAGGAGGGGAAGACGACAAUGGAGUCGACGCUUUUAGGUAGUGUUGAGUCACUGUCUUGGAAACAAGGUUGCGUGACAGGGAAAUGGAGGAUGUGUCGGUCGAUGGUGGUCCUCUCUCAUGCUCAUCUGACAGUAUUAUCUUUGGUGUAUCUUGGUACAUUCUCAGCCUGCGGGCACGCUGGCCUGUCAGGCAAAUUUCGGACAACUAUUCUUUCCUCGCAGUUGUGAAUGGAUAGUUAACCAGUCGCCUCUCCUAGUCACCCUUCUAGCAUGACAUGUGUUAAUUCUUGGCUUCGUUUCUCUAACGGCGCACCCUUGUUGUCAUUCGCGACUAUUGUCUGAUAGAGAAUCGCAAGCGUCUUCUAAAGUGACUGGAAGUCUGUUUUUUUCGCACUUUCUCUCCUGUUUCCGUGGACGUGAUUCGGGAUUCUCCUGCAACAAACUGUACUGAACAAAGCGGAUGCGAACGAAAAUUUUCCAUUUGCCUCCCGGGGCGUCCGCAGCAGAGAGAUUCAAUACAGAUGGCAGCAAAGCGGCCACGUAGGGAACGGUCGCUGUUAGCGAAUCUAGUAGAGGACAUCGUUUCAAGUGACGGUGCCUAUGCUCACCUGCGGAUCUCCAUGGAAAUGAAUCUGGAUAACGGAAUAUAUCAACACCGUACGGAGCUCACGUUCACACUAACAGUUUUGAAGUCAUUUGGUAUGUAAUUCAUCCAGGAAAGCAGUUGCCUGCACGUGCGAAUAUAGACAAGUAUGUACGAAGCCGUG